AUUCGAUUCAGAAGCAAUGACAUGAUCCUGCUGCUUCAAUGGAUCCAAAAGCUAGCUAGCUAGAGCUGGGAUUUCCGAUAGCAUAUCCGUGCUGCUUGCUUGGGGAUGUCAUCUUAUCUGGACGUCGACCUUGGAAGAAGGCAAGCCCUUUGACCGAGCCACUGGAAACUGCAAGAUGGUUCAUUGGGGAAUAAGAGUUGUCCCUGGCAGGAUAGCUGCUUGUGGUCUGUCAAUUCUAAUUUCAGCGGGUGCAUCGUUCAGCGCUUUCGGUCCAGCUUCGGUAGUUGCGUUGACUCUAGAGCUUUCAUCAUCACCAACGUCGCUCAAGUUGAUGACCUUUAAUAUUCAUGGAUGGAGAGACUCGACGCAUCAAUGCAAUUUCGAUCGAAUCGCUACUGUUGUCAGGGAAGUGAAUCCCGAUAUACUCUGUCUGAAUGAGGUCCUUCAUCCCUUUGCAACGCCCUCUGGAUCGGACAAAGCAGCAAAUCAACAAGUGAUUGACGAUUACUACAAACAAGUCCAGCAAAACCAAGGUCGUGGCAAGACCAUCCACCCCUCUUUUGUACAGUCUCAAGAGGAUUCCUUCCUUUCUCGGCUGUCAAAAGCAACCAAUCUACCGAAUGUUCAAUUCGUUGGUGCCACUGACAACUCCUUCUUUGGCAAGGGGAUUUGGUUUGGCAAUGCCAUUUUAUCUACCCAUCCCAUCGACGACUUUUUACCCGUCCCGCUGCCCAUUGAACCAGGAGACAUUGAUUUGGGGAACCAAGAGCGGGAUUUUGUCGAUCCGAGGUCGUUUGGGGUGGCCAAAGUCAAAUUUGACGACAAUCAACAUUGCAUUGGGAUUGCCUUUGGACACCUGGAUCACAAAAGUGAAGAACUAAGGGAGAAGCAAAUCUUGAAAGUACUAGAGGACACGCGGGACGUUUUGAGUGAUGUCCCUCAUCUCAUUUGUGGGGAUUUCAAUGCCUUUCAAAAAUCGGAUUGCGACCCCAAAGGAUGGAAAGCCAUUUUGAACCUCUUCCAGACAAGAGGCUGGCCAACGCCCUACGAGCGUUCUCUGGCCCUGGAUGCUUUGAAAGAUGCUGGCUAUUUAGACUCCUUUUAUGAAAGCUAUGGACAGCAGGAUGGUACCGCGAAGCAGGUACCUGAUGCCACUUCCUGGACCACGCUUCCUCUCAUGCGCAUUGACCACAUUCUAGUCAAGAAUUCAGUGGCACAGUCACCCAGUUCUCUGCCUGCCAUCCUACCCAAGGAACAUUACCAAAUUGACACGGACGCUAGUGAUCAUUUCCCCGUUGUGCUAGAGGCGUUAUUGCAACAACCUGGGGCGGAAAUCCUAAGGCAAGCCGACUAGAGUGAAUCCUACGAGUUCACAGAGAGAGAGAGAGAGAGAGAGAAAAGAUACCUCUCAAGGCAGAGCCAGCUUCGCGCCAGAGACCGGACAACCACCUUCUAAGUGAAAUCCAAAGGAGCAGCGCCCGUGCAAGCAUUCAUACUCAUUUCACUAUCCGUUGGAGCACUGUUGUACGAUAGCAACUGCAGGCCUGCUAAAGACCUUUGGCCUGAGACAUAUUGAGAACUCAGAUUACAGUUUGACGCUCUGCGAAAAACUUCUGAAAGUGACCAGGACUUUGAGGUCCACUUUCCAUCAAUUGCAAUCAGUGAGAGUCCAACGUACUGUUUGGCAGAGACAAUUCUCCAUGCUGGAGGUCCACUUUCUUCUAUUGGGUUGGUACCGUAACUGACACUUCGGAUGCCGCAACGUUUCAACCUAGUUGAUUCUCAUUCCCUUGACGACGUAUCCAUACUUGGCGCUGGUGCUACAGUAGCACAUGUGGCUAGUAGCUAUCCAGUGGUAAUUAGUUCGGACUGGACCCGAUACAUGAUGUACGUACUUUGUCAGAGCUUGCUGCGGAAUCGAAGCCCGAAUCUGGCUCUUGGAUUUAGAUUCAAAGAGAAUUCGGGUGUCAACACUCAGCCCUCCAUUGGCCCAGCCGGCUUUUACAAAUUGCAUUCGGUUUUACUAGUCUACGUUCUGGAUGAACUCCCGUAAACGACCCGGCCAACGCUCCUGCCUUCGCACUAUGCAUACGCGCACUCCGGUAGCAACUACCGCUAGCAUGUAGCUAGCUAUAGAAUGAGCAAUAGUAAUGCAUAUGUAGCUAAUGAUAAUACAAUGGAAAC